AUGUUCCUCACAGGGUUCUGUCAGUUCUACCAAGUAGGCGAGGAGCAGGGUGUUGGACCAGAGCUUCAGGUCCAGCUGUCCAGGUCUCUGUUCUCUGGACAAAGUGACACAAGGACAGACUGUCUGUCUGCUCAGGACAGCAUCACACAGUGCAGCAGGGGGCAGCAGGUGGAUGAUGAUGUUGAUGAUGUCCUCAGUCUUCCACACACUGUGGUGGUCGACUGUCCGAGCUCUGACGUCAUCCAACGUCUGACGGAGAAAAGGCGGAAAAAACAUGAAGAGGCUCUGAAGCAGCUGGAAACUGAGCUGACACGUCUCAGUCAGGUGUGUGAUGCUCAGGUGAUGUCUAUCAGUCGGGAAAUCACCUCGUCUCUACAGGAAGUGAACGUCCAACAGGAAGUGAACGUCCAACAGGAAGAGAACGUCCAACCGAAGACACCUGAAGACCCCCCCACACGUCCCUUCUGCCUGCAGCAGCUGCAGGACGAGAAGAAGAGAAUCAUGGAGCUGAAACACAAACUGACAGAAUGUGAGAGUCAGUGCAUCCAGCAGAUCAGAGGUGUGCUCAGGAAAUACUGCCACCUGCUGGAGAAGAUCAGCUUCCUGCUGCCACCUGACGUCCACAGACUGAUCCACGGCAUAGCCACGAUGGUGAACCAGUCGCUGCUGGUGAACCGUCGCAAAGUCGCCCGUCUACUGCUGCUCUUCUAACACCAGCAUGACCAGCAGCGACAUGAUGGAACAGAACCUGACCUGGGAUCAUCGUAGACAAACAAACUGUUUAAUAAAGUUUCCAUUU